UGAUUGCUACGUGUCAGAUUACGUAAACUCGGCGCUCGUUACGCAAUCGUCGACUCUGUCUGCCGAUCGGGACACUCCCGACGUCUGCUUCGAUUGCCAAAGAGAUUGGCAGCAGUUCCUAUCGGCGUCUGAAGUGGUCGCGGCGCCAAGGUUGCCAUAAAAGGCUGAGCAGCCACUCGUUGGUACCGUCAGCGGACAUCCAGAUUGCAGAUAACAGCUUCCUUCCGCGCACGCGACCACUUCCAGGGGAGAGAUGAUCGGAUGUCAACGAAGUCGGGGGGAACCCCACCAGAAAAGGUUCUUUCGCAGUUUGUCAGCCCACCUGACAGCCUUCGAUUGCCUUUGUCAAGGCCGACGAGAUCUCUUGUCCUCGGAUCAGCACCUUGAGGAGAUUGAAGUGAACGGCAACUACCUGGCACCAUUAUUGUCCCUGGUCUGCCUCUUCGUCUCAGAAUGGCCAUCUUGACUCAGAGUACUUCUCCACUUCUUGUCAUGGUUGGUCGGCCUUGCGUGCAUUUUUCGGCGUGGGAGCUUCGUAUCCGUUCCCAAGGAUGACAAGUGCCCCCUCCACCACCAUGAAGCGGCCCAAACGGUGAACGACGAGCAGCCUCUGAAGGACAACGGACAUGUGAAGACUCUCCCCCAGGGGGCUGAAACCCCCGCCACCGGUGCAGCCGCCCCGAGGCUCCUGGCGCAGCCACGCUGGGAGCCCAUUCGCGCCGCGCCGCUCUCCUUCCGCACCACGGCCGAGCUGACCACCUUCCUCGGCCAGCUGGAAGGGAUCGUGCGCGCGGAGCUGACCUCCCGCCGCUACAACACCCUGGGGAACCUACUGCACUUCUACGCGGCCUACCGGCGCGCCGGUCCCGGCACCGACCUCGCCGACUUCUACCGGGCUUACGAGGCACGGGUGGUCGAGGACGGCCUCUCCUGCGUGGGGCUCAGCCUGCACCUGGCGCGCAAGAUCCGCCAGGUGUUCGCGGGGGCGAGCCCAUUCCUCGUCUCGUGCGAAGAGUGGAUCCCAGACGUGGAGGCCUACUGCCGCAGCGACCCCCCGGACGCAUCGAGCGUCAAAGAGCAUGUGCUGGUCGCGCUGCGCGUCCUCGUGCGGGACGGGGCCCGCGGGGGCCUGAUCCUGAUGGACCCGGGCUACCAUGUGGGCUUCCCUGUCGCCGUGAUGGAUGAUGGCCGGCCACCCCACCGCGGCCACUUUGUCCAGUCCAACACGGCCAAGUCGGUCAAGGAGUACUCCUACGAGGCGAUGGGCAGCCGCUACGUGCGCUGGCGCGUGCGAGAGACCCGGGCGGGCCGGAUUAAGCAGUGGGACAACGUGCUGUAUGUCGGGGGCGCCUUCCAGAGCGCGCUCGCCUACUCCGAGAAGCGCAACCUCCUGUAUGACUUCCGCACUCUGGUGGCGCGCGACGGGGCGGGGCCGAGCGCGGGCGUCUACUGCAAGCUCAACGAGGUCAACCGUAACCCGGUCUUCACCCUCUUCUACGCCAAGGAAGGCUCGCGCGCCGAGGUCAAGCUGCCCUUCUACCUCUUUGCCUCCGCGACCGAGAGGUCGCCGGAGGUCGAGGCUGCAACCAAGGUCUCGGCUGAAUGCGCGGCGGAGGUGGGCGUGUCGGCCGGGGAGCUGCUGAAGACGCUGCGAGGAGUUGCCGAUCUCUACGAGGACGUAGAUUUCGUCAACGACCUCCUCGACCUCAACCGCCGAGUUGACCCGUUCGACGUCUAGCCAUCGUCUUGUAACCGAUUUUGUGGCCGCUUCAAUAAAGCCCUGGGCUCGACCAAACCAGA